AUGUACAUUGAGCCGACACAAAUCUACAUGCAUACCGACUUCAACGACACCGAGAUUAGGAAUGCCAGCGAGCACGGUGAUUGGUGGACCAAGGCAGUCAUCAACACCUUCGCAAACAUCACCACCUGGAAUCGAGUGGAUGUGCCCAACUUUGCCGGCCAGAACCAGGACCAGCAAAUAUCCGCCAUCCAGCACAAGUCAGACUUCAUCCGCUGGGAGGCGAUCGCGAAGAUUGGCGGGAUCUAUAUGGAUUGGGACGUUGUACCUCUGCGAUCUCUGACGCCCCUGCUCGAAGCUGGCUUUGCCUUUAUCGGCGGCCGACAUUAUGGCGGCGCACGCGAAGGCGGUGGCAUCAACGGCACCAUCAACAACGGUGUCUUCUUGACCAAGCCAAACAGCACAAUGGCGCGAAUCGUCGUGCGCGAGCAACAUGCCGGCUUCGACGGAAAAUGGGAAGCAAAUCUACAGAGCAUGACCAAGAUCGCGGAGCGUCUCGUCCCAAUCCCGAACGAAGUCCUGAUACUGGACCGCACCGCUUUUGCCCCAACACACUGGUUCAAAGAGAGCACCGAUCCUCUCUUCAAACCCAACGAAGGCAAUCCAUCGCCUGUUCCCCAGCUCAUCAACUCCACAGACCCGAUGGAACUGUACGACAAUGCCAUUGCAAAUAGACGAAGGCGUGCGCAGUGGGAGAUGGACUUUUCUUCGACAUACAUGCUGCAUGGAUUCGCCAUGCAUGAGUACUACAAGUACAUCAACCCGAGCACUAUCUUGAGCAGGACCAGCAACUUUGGAGUCGCGACAUACGAUAUUGUGAGACAUAUGGUGGACCAGGGUUAUAUCAGCGGAAACGAAGGGGAUAACAGACCCGAAUCAUAA